AAAAAAAAAAAGUCUCUUUCGAACGCUGUCCGUACUCAUUUCCUACACGAUUGCGAAAGUUUGCGGUACAUUUAACAUGCCAGCCGACAUCGUAGUUACGUCGGCCUCGGCCACGGUUUCGGAGGAGACAAGUAGAGGUCGAGAUCUGGGCCUUGGACCAUCUCCAAGAUCAGGCCCCUCUUCCGCAGCCUCGUCCUCCUCCGGUUCUAGUGCGCCGUCGACUUCGAGAGGAUUCGAUCCAUCUGGCACUCUCGCCGCUUAUCAUCAUCAUCAUCAUCGUCACAGUUUGGUAACCAGUCUGGGCCAUGCCCAUCACCGGGAAUCGUCAGCCUUUGUGCCUGUAGUGCCUUCAAGAUUACAACUCGCUCCGUAUCCAGGUGAAAUACAUCCUCAUCUACCCGGACCACCGCCCUCUUCCUCAUCGUCAACAAAUUCAGAACACGAAGUUGGUCCCGAGUCUUCAGCCAGAAAAAGUUCCUCAAAUUACGAUAUCAUGGCGAUGAUGGUUGACAAAAGAAAAGAAUUAGCGAGAAAUCUUAUAUUACCACCGCAUCCUCUCCUUGAACCACCUGGAUAUCCAGUCUUUCCUGGUCCUUUUCCUGGCAGUUCUGCUUUGUAUCCUCCGGGUGGUCCGUUAACUCAUCAACAUUUGGAUCGAAGGUUACUUAGAGCACCUGGCAGGGCAUCCAGACCCAAGAAACAAUUUAUUUGUAAAUUUUGUAAUCGACAGUUCACAAAAUCGUAUAAUCUUCUCAUUCACGAGAGAACUCAUACUGACGAGAGGCCAUAUUCCUGCGACAUUUGCGGAAAGGCUUUUAGGCGGCAAGAUCAUCUUAGAGAUCAUAGGUAUAUUCACAGCAAGGAGAAGCCUUUCAAAUGUGGCGAAUGUGGUAAGGGCUUUUGUCAGAGUCGUACUCUAGCAGUUCACAAGAUUUUACAUAUGGAAGAAUCUCCACACAAAUGCCCCGUUUGCGCGAGAAGUUUCAAUCAGCGCAGCAAUCUCAAGACGCAUCUUCUGACGCAUACAGAUCACAAGCCUUAUGAGUGUACAUCGUGCGGUAAAGUAUUUCGUAGGAACUGCGAUCUUAGAAGACAUGCAUUGACGCACGCAGUGGGUGAUGUUCCUCCGGAGGCGUUGGAGGAAGCAUUGAGGGACGAUGACAGUCCCGAAGAGGAUUGUUCUGAGCCUGGACCAUCGUCUUCUUCAUCAACAUCCACAACAUCAUCCGUACCUUCCGCAUCGUCUAGUUCAUCCGGAUACCCUCCUCAAGGAUCUUCAACACAACAGCCAUCUACUACGCCUGCAGCAUCUACUACAGCACCGCCCCUUCCUCAGAGACCUCAGCUUCAGAUCAGAAGGGAUUUGCUCCCCACAGUGAAGCCAUCAACGAUAACCAGUGGCGCAUCUCCGGCUCAUUCUGUCACUCAAAACCCACCGGCUGCUCUUCCACCACCACCACCACUCAUUCUGGCUUCUUAUCGACGAAGAAUUGGCUCGCCAGGUCCUUCCAGAGCACUUUUGGAACUUCAAGAACGUGAGCGCGAAAGAGAACGAGAGAUGGAACAAAACAGAGAAAGAGAACGCAAUAGGGAACGUGACAAGGAAUUGGCCAGACCACCGAGAGCUCCAACUCCGCAACCGCCACCGCCACCGCCUAGACCUACACCGGCACGCCAGGGUUUUACUAUUGCAGAUAUAAUGGGUCGAUAGAAUAUUUGUCGCAGUUGUUCGAGAGAGGGGAUAAUGCAAAUUUUGCGGUCGGGGUAACAACCUGUGCCUAUGCCACUGUGGCAGGUGCAAUACAGCUUUGUACCUGCUCGAUUCCGCGCGCGAAAUACCUGCUCCCAGCUACCGCUGCUGUUACUUUUCCCUUCUAAAAAUAUUCCGACCCUAGACGAAUAUCAAUACUUUUUCUUCCUUCUCUGUCCUUCCAUCCCUCCACGUUUCUCGUUUCUCGUGCCUCGAUGCAAGGAAGCAUUAAUGGUCCUUUUGUGAGACCCAAACUGUACACCGUCCGACCGCAGAGGCGAACCUUUUGGGCUAUGCGUGCCUCUAACGUUUUCAAUACAAAGGUAUACCUUCUUUUCAGUGGAUUUCAAAGAAUCCACGUAUAAGAAUGAUCCCUUGGAUAUAGCUAGCUUUUCUAGCUCCCUAGAAUAGCUUUUCAUUUUUAAUGUGUCUAUUGUGAUUAAAUAAAAUUUCGAUAUGUUCGAAUGUUUGAAUGUUCGAUCAACUACGCGUUAAUGCUACAAAUGAAAAAUACAACAAAAUUGGGUACAAAAUGGAUAUACGUCUGAAAUAAUAUUUAUUUUAAUAGCGAAGUAUUGUCGUCUUUUUUAAUUAUAAAUGUACGAGUACAUAGAUUUUUAUAUAUACUGAGAGAAUUCAAUAUUUCAUUAACCACUGUCUAAAACUGAACAGUUGUUUUCACAACGUUUUGUUUUACGCGAAAUUAGAAACUAGAAAUAAAUUAAAUUAAAUUCUGUAUUUCUCACAAAUACAAACAGUCGUGUUUAUAAUAUAACAUACAAAUUAUAAUAUAACAAACAAAUUUGAAAUUGUAAUUGAAUUUAUUCAACAAUAAAUUUAAAAUUAAAUUCUUGCUUUUUUCUUAAAUUAAUUUAAUUUAUUUCAGAAUUAUCUUAAUGCCAGCAUGUUAAUGAAACGUUGUGAUAGGAAUCUUCUGAAUUUUAUAAAUAACUGCUAUGUAACAUCGUACAUACAUUCGCCAUUCGAAUAAUCGAGUAAUUGUACAUGAGA